AUGCCUCAUCCCGCUCCUUUAGGGAUCCAGCGACCCCUCCUCCCUACAGCCCUUCUCGUCGCUCUCACACUCCGCAUCCUUCCGGCCCUCAUUCUCCCUCAGACCGCUUUCCAGCCUGACGAGUUCUGGCAGUCUCUGGAGCCCGCUCACGUCCUGGCAUUCGGCUAUGGGCACCUCACAUGGGAAUGGAAGGAUUUGCCCGUAGCUCUCACGCGAGGUGAAGGUGGAGACGGGUGGUAUGAGAGGAUGGUUGUCGCUGGACGCAUGAGGGGGUGGAUAUGGCCUGGAGUGUUCGCGUUGAUCUAUAAGGGGAUGACUGCACUCGGGGUGGAGGAGCGGUUUCUGACGCUUGCACCCAGACUGGUCGGAUCGCUCAUCGCUGCGUUCACCGACUAUGCGACCUACCUCCUCGGUAUCAAGCUCUUAGGUCCUGGAGCAGGCCCAGCGGCUAUGUUCCUCUCCCUCACAUCGCUCUUCCACGCGCACAUCCUGCCUCGAGCAUUAUCCACCUCCCCAGAGACGCUUCUCACCGCUCUGGCGCUUCUGUACUUCCCGCUACCUGGUCCAGAAGUCCCAAGCGCUCUCUCCGUCGGCGAGGAGUCUGUCUCUGCCUCGAAGUCCGAAGCUGGGGGAAACAAGGCAGGGGUGCUGCGUUUGAAGGAGGUGAAGGAGAUGGAUUAUGUGAUGAUGGAUAGGAUGUCGCCGCAGCUGGAGAUGAGUCACCUACCACAAGCAAGUCUCGCUAUGUCUGCGGCACUCGCAAGCCUUGCGGUCUGUAUUCGACCUACCACGAUUCCUUUCUGGGCAUAUCUAGGCCUGGAGCAUAUCAUCAGGACAUUCAGGAAUCAAGGCGUACAGCAAGCAGUCUUUGAUGUUGCUCGGGCCAUUCUACCAGCCGGGGCUGUAUUCGCCGCUUCUACGGGAAUCGAUUUCGCCGUCGCCGGUCGUCUCUACUUCCCCAUCCUCACCUUCGUCCACUACAACCUCUUCUCGGGUCUUUCGGCGACGUACGGCUCCACAUCUCCGCUAUACCACCUCACCCAAAGCCUCCCCAUCAUGCUCUUCCCGAUCUGGUACUGGUUCGCUCAAGGCUUCUCCUCUUGCCUCCUCCCCUCUAGGCUCCUCCCGACCUCUCUAUCGAAUCUGGACCGACCAUCUUGCCUACGCACUCUCGCUCGAGCACUCACAUUCGCCAUCGCCACCCUCUCCCUCUCGCCCCACUCGGAAUGGCGUUUCCUGCACCCGUUCCUCCCGUCACUCCUCCUCUUCGCCCUUCCACCCCUCUUCAAGGCUUACGCUCCGGUACAGGGCGUAGCGAACGUCCGAUCGAUAUUCAGGCAGUACCUCCGGAUCACUAAACGGCCGUUCUACCUCAUCCUCCUGGCGCCGGUAGUACUGUACCUCUACCUGAAUAUCUUUCACGGAAGGGCGCAAGUCGAAGUGAUGAAUGCGCUAAGAAGAGGGGAGGUGGGCGAAGUGAAGGGUCUGGUGGUGCUUAUGCCGUGUCAUUCGACACCGUGGAUGAGCCAUCUGCACCGGGAUGUUCCGGCUUGGUUCCUCACUUGCGAGCCGCCAAUAGGGCGAGAUGCUGGGCAGUAUCAUACACAGCAGUCCAUAUUCUACAACGCACCCGUCUCGUAUCUCUCCACAGUCUUCCCUUACCCGCCCUCACCGCUCCACAAGAUUUUCAGCGCGGACGAGAUGGACGGUACGGUCCUGCCUUCGCAUGUCGUCCUCUUCGGGUCGCUGUUGGAUGUGCGAGAGGGCGAUUUAGGCGUGGCGCAGGCUUUGGAGGUGAGAGGGUAUAGCCAGGCAUGGUCCAUGUGGAAUGGGUUCGAUUGGGCGCAGGAUGAGGAGGGGAGGAAGGGGGGAGUGAGGAUUUGGACUUUGAGCGGAAGCGGGGGUGCUCUUUAA